AUGAACGGCGGCUCUAUUGAGGUUGACGCGGCAGCGCCAGCGUCCAACGGCGGUGCGGCUGCCGCUGUCGCAGCUGGACGCAAGAAGCUGAUGGGCUACGUCGGUUUCGCCAACUUGCCUAAUCAGGUGCACCGAAAGAGCGUGCGCAAGGGCUUCAACUUCACUGCUAUGGUCGUUGGCGAGUCGGGUCUGGGCAAGUCGACGUUGAUCAACACGCUCUUCAACACCACCCUCUACCCUCGCAAAGAGGUACCGCCUCCGCAGCAGGAGCGACCAAAGACGGUCGCCAUCGAGUCGAUCAGCUCUGACAUCGAGGAGAACGGCGUUCGUUUGAGGCUCAACGUCGUUGAUACUCCCGGAUUCGGUGACUACAUCAACAACGACGAAAGCUGGAAGCCCAUUGUCGAGAACAUCGAGUCGCGCUUCGAUAACUACCUCGAGCAGGAGAACCGCGUCAACCGCAACAAGCUGCAGGACAACCGCGUUCACGCUUGCAUCUACUUUGUCCAGCCUACAGGUCACAGCCUUCGACCCAUCGACAUUGAGUUCAUGCGACGACUCCACCAGAAAGUCAACCUCAUCCCCGUCAUUGCCAAGUCCGACACGCUCACCGAUGAGGAGAUUGUCUCGUUCAAGCAGAGAAUCCUCAACGACAUUGCGCAUCACCAAAUUCAGAUCUUCCACGCGCCCAUCUACGAGAUGGAGGACGAGGAGACGCUUCAGGAGAUCCAGGAGAUCUCGAGCAAGGUGCCGUUCGCGGUCGUAGGCUCCAACACCGAGAUUGACACUCCCGACGGACGACGCGUGCGCGGGCGAGCAUACCCAUGGGGAGUGAUCGAGGUAGACAACGAGGAGCACUGCGACUUUGUCAAGCUGCGUCAGAUGCUCAUCCACACGCACAUGGAGGAACUCAAGGAGAACACCAACAACGUCCUCUACGAAAAGUACCGAAGCGAAAAGCUGGUGGCUAUGGGCGUCACACAAGACGCCUCGGUGUUCAAGGAGGUGAACCCAGCCGCCAAGAUGGCUGAGGAGCGCGCAAUUCACGAGGCAAGGUUGAGGAAGAUGGAGAACGAGAUGAAGCUCGUCUUCCAGCAGAAAGUGGCCGAGAAGGAAGCCAAGCUCAAGCAGAGCGAAGAGGAGCUCUAUGCGCGCCACCGCGAAAUGCGAGAUGCGUUGGAGAAGCAGAGACAAGAGCUGGAAGAGAAGCGCCGCCGACUGGAAAGCGGCCGUCCGCUCACACCCGAAAAGGUGUCGCAGGCAACCAAGAAAAAGGGCUUCUCGUUGCGAAACUAA